GGCGGCUCUCUCUUCCACCUCGUCUGACCGCAGUCUGUCUCUGUCGUGCAUAACACUGUCCAAUAUUCUUGGGUGAAACAGCCCCAUUGUACGCCUGUGGUUGAGGCGACCAGAAAAGGGCUUGGUUUUCCAGCGUAACAAGCGGCCACAUAAUAUCGCGACCAGCGAUUGGAGCGCAGAGAGGAGCGACUGCGAACAGCAAGUAGACGUACAAUCGCUUGUAGGACAAGUGAUAUCGGAGGCAGGCACCGACGCAGAUUAGCACCGUUGCUGUAGCUGUUGUCGAGAUACCAGACUUUUGGCACAAAUUAGGUUGAAACAAAUAAAAGACACAUUUUGGAAAAACCGAGAAGGAGAAAGCGAAUAUGGCCCAUACGGCGCUAUCAGUUUUAAUGACUCUGUUCUACAUUUGGGGAAACGCCGAGGCCCUGGCAAUGAGUGAGGUGAAUGGACCAGGCCCCUUUGUGGCCGAGCCUCAGAUUGCCAUGUUCUGCGGUCGCCAGAUUCUGCACAUGAAUCCAGAGAGUGGACAGUGGGAGCCUGACCCUCAGGGCAGGCAGGACUGCUUCACUGAACCCAGCCAGAUUCUGUCCUACUGCCAAGAGAUGUACCCAGGCUUGCAGAUCUCACGCGUGGAGGAGUCCUCCAGUCCUGUCACCAUCUCCGCCUGGUGCAAGAAGGGCUGGCGGCACUGCCAGGCCCGGCCCUUCAUCGUCCUGCCCUACCUCUGCUUGGUUGGGGAGCACGUGAGUGAGGCCCUGCUGGUUCCUGACCGUUGCCGUUUCCUGCACCAGGAGCAGAUGGACGCCUGUGAGAGCUAUAUGUACUGGCACAACAUUGCCAAGGAGGCCUGUACGGCGGAUAGCCUAGAGCUGCAUAGUUACGGGAUGCUGUUGCCGUGCGGGGACAAGUUCCGGGGGGUGGAGUACGUGUGCUGCCCAGGCAGGGGCAGCUCCAGUGGGAGGGGUGACACCGACGUGGCAGACGUGCCACAGGGGGCCACCCAAACGCUGGCCCCACAGGUGGACACCAAAGUCAGCAGCAGGACUGAUUUUGCCAGUGAAAAUGAAGAUUCCCUCGCCCCCCCGCUGUUUUCCAAUAGUGUCAAGGUGACACCCCCCACCCCGAGCCCCUCCCCUGACACUGAUGUCGAGGAGGCCGAGAUAGCUGAGGAGGAGGAGGAGGUGGAAGAGGAGGAAGAGGAGGAGGAAGGAGCCAAAGAUGCAGAAGAAUACGAGUACUCCAUCGACUCCAAUCCCUACCAGACCUCCGAUUACCUGGACUCCUUCUACUACGACAAGGGGGCCCAAGCGAGCCGCAGCCCACCCACUCCCCCUCCCCAAACCCGCGGGGACAGCUUGCCCACACCUCGCCCGACAGACGGCGUCGACGUCUAUUUCGAGAUGCCAGGUGAUGACAGCGAGCAUGCCAACUUCCUGCGUGCAAAGAUGGACCUGGAGGAGAGACGGAUGAAACGGAUCAAUGAGAUCAUGAAGGAGUGGGCGGAGGCGGACAACCAGUCCAAAAACCUUCCCAAGUCUGACCGCCAGGCGCUCAACGAGCACUUCCAGUCCGUGCUUCAGACCCUGGAGGAGCAGGUGGCCGGGGAGAGGCAGAGGCUGGUGGAGACCCACCUGGCCAGGGUGGUGGCCACCCUCAACAACAACCGCCGGCUGGCCUUGGAGAGCUACCUGACAGCUGUGCAGAGCGAGCCCCCGCAGCCAGAGCGAGUCCUGCAGGCCCUCAAGCGUUACAUGGCAGCGGAGCAGAAGGACCGCCGGCACACGCUCAGGCACUACCAGCACAUCGAGGCCGUCGACCCCCAGAAGGCCGAGCAGAUGAAGUUCCAGGUGUACACUCACCUGCAUGUGAUCGAGGAGCGGAUGAACCAGAGCUUGGCUCUGCUGUACAAGGUCCCCGCCCUGGCUGAGGAGCUUCAUGACGAGAUCCAGGAGCUGGUGAAAGGUGAGAGAGGGGACAUCAGCGAGCUUAUGACUACCUCCUUCUCUGAGACCCGCACCACAGAGGAGCUUCUGCCGGCUGAGAGCGAGGAAGAGAAGGAUGAUGAGGAAGAGGAGGAGCGGGCAUUCCAGAACAGACCCUACCCACCCCGUGUCGAUUCUCCACCUAACAAUAAGAAAGGCUCAGGGACGGAUGAGUAUGACUAUGCUACAGCUGAAUAUGAGGAAAAGGUAAAGACAAUUGUGAACACUUCUGUGGAACUCAAGCAGGUGGUGUACAAAUCUCCAGGAAUCCAAAGAGAUGAACUGCAACCAGAUGCCCUGGAGACAUUCAACCGCGGGGCCAUGGUGGGGCUGCUGGUGGUCGCUGUGGCAAUCGCCAUGGUGAUGGUGAUCAGUCUGUUGUUGGUGCGCAGGAAGCCGUACGGCACCAUCAGCCACGGCAUCGUGGAGGUCGAUCCGAUGCUAACUCCAGAGGAGCGGCAGCUGAACAAGAUGCAGAACCACGGCUACGAAAACCCCACCUACAAAUUCUUCGAACAAAUGAACUGAGGAGACGGGCGAAAACCGCUAUGGUCGCCAGCCCACGAGUUGUCCCACUGUAGGGAGCGCCCCCUCACUUUGAGAAAUGUAAACGUACAGUACAAACCAACAACAACAUGACAAGCAAAUAGGGAGUGCAUCCCCGACUUUUUCAACCCCUCCGAGCACAUUUUAUCCAUCUUAACCAUACCAACAGUUAUCCUAUCAGUAAUCACCCCCUUACCUGUAUCCCCUUUUUGUUCUCCAUCUUUUAAAGACAUUUUUGAAUAUAAGGGUUUGUUGUGGGGCAGUUUCAUUGAUGGAGAUGCUUCAAUGCUUCAAAAGAUUCAUAAUGAUAGGGUAUGAGUUGUCAAGAAUGGAUUUUAUGCUUUAAAUUAUGUAUUAUUUUAUUUGUAGG